AAUAACACAUGAUAAGUGGCAAUAAUAACAUGGAUGAGGUUAGGCGAGUAGACCGAUACAUCUAUACCACUAUUAACUUGUUGAACCAUUUGAUGUUUGGUUUAACAUUUUCAAGUUUUGGUCCGACAUAUGUAGAUUUCAAGUACUUGACCAGCUCGGAUAUGAGCUGGGUCGUUGGCUUUCUAUACAAAUACCUGAACCGUCAGCUAACCCUGGCUAUAUUGAUAACCAUUCAAUCAUUGGCCACCAUAUUCAUGCCAUACUCGACCCAGAUCUGGCACCUGUAUCUGUGCAUAUUUCUAUACGGCCUGGGCAUAGGGGCAUGGAACAACUCCAACAAUGUCAUUUUGAUCGAGAUGUGGCAACAAGCUAGUCCGUCGUUUUUGCAAUUUUCCCAGUUUAUCUACGGAGUGGGCACUAUAUUAGGGCCACUUAUUGUGGGCCCCUAUCUGUCGGGUGAAGUGAAAUAUGUGGACAGAGUGGCCAUCGGUAAUGGCAGUUAUGAGCACCUGGUCUGGAAUAACACCAUCAUCGAUGAGUUUGAAAGCAACCGCAGGUCUAGGAUUACGUUUCCCUAUUUGGUUGGCGGUCUAUUGCAAGCCAUAGGUCCAGGGCUAAUGUUUCUCAUGUACUUUUGCCGGCCCUACAAAUACCAGGCGGAGGCGGACCCGUGCGCUGGCACCGGGACGGACACCGAGAGGGCACCACUACUAACAGCCAGUUGUAUCCGUAAACUAGCGCUGGCCAUACCCAAAAAGACCAUCAUCCUAUGUGUGUCGCUAUACCUAGCAUUUGGCAUAAUGUCCGAAAACAUGUACAUGGACUUUUCCACCACGUACUUCCAAUUCUCGCCCCUACAUCUCACGGCCAAUCGCGCGGCCGAGAUAUUCGCCACAAUGUCGAUAGCGUUGAGCACCGGGCGGGGGCUAUCGGUGUUUAUCGCGAUGAAACUUCGCCCCCAGACAAUGAUCGCCUACCAAACGUGUAUUGUAUUCAUGGGCUAUUUGUACCAGUAUUUUGGCCAAUACUGGUCGGUCGGUCACCUGUGGGCCAGUUCGCUGAUGAUCUGUUUUGGCUAUUCGAGCAUAUUCAUUUGCCUGUUCUCGUUCGUGGGCCAGUACAUGGAGGUGACCGAUAGGGUGGGCGCCGUGUUUAUCGCCUCAUACAACUCGGUGUAUCUGUUUUUGCCCUUUUUCUUGGGCUCCUAUAUCGAGGAGUGGCCCAACAGUUUUCUGUACAUCGAGUUUGGCUCCCUGUGCGCCGCCAUCGGCGCGCUGGUAGUCGUGUUGCUGGCCGUACGCAAAGUACCCAACGAAUGCCUUAGGUUAUAG